AUGGAUAACAAUAAUAUAAAUAAUAAUAGACUGUUAAAAUUUUAGAACUAUUUAAAAUUAGAAACAUUACUGCAUAAAAUUGAAAAAGAAAAAUUUAGAAUAAAAUCCAUUAAUAUCAAAAGUUUUUUAAAGAAAUUUGAUUUAAUUUAGGAUUCUCAACUUUAAAUACUCUAACCCGAUAUAAGCAUUUAAACUAUACCUUCUCUGUUAAGUGCUAUUAUUUUAAUUAUUCAGCAUUACUCUAAAAAAUAUCCAAAAAUUGAUCAUUCGAAAAAAACUAUUUCAUAUACUUACUUAGAUGAAUCAUAAAAUGCUAUUUAGUUAAUAUUGCGUGGCUGUUUUUAAUCUAACUAAAUUAUAAAUUUGAUUGAGAACUACCAUUAUUAGUUUUUGGCAAUUAUUGAUAAAUUGCAAAUAAAGAAUAAUGAAAUAAUUGUUAUUUCUUUAAAUAAAGAAGCUUUUAUUCCUUUUCGGAUUACCAACAUUCAAAAAUGA